AUGUCAUUUCAUUCUUUAUGUGGUAUUCGUGAACUGCUCUCUCUUCCCCAAUCUCUCUCUCUCUCUCUUCCCCAAUCUCUCUCUCUCUCUCUUCCCCAAUCUCUCUCUCUCUUCCCCAAUCUCUCUCUCUCUCUUCCCCAAUCUCUCUCUCUUCCCCAAUCUCUCUCUUCUCUCUCUCUCUUCACCAAUCUCUCUCUCUUCCCCAAUCUCUCUUUCUCUUGCCCAAUCUCUCUCUCUCUUCCCCAAUCUCUCUCUUUAAUCUCUCUUCCCCAAUCUCUCUCACUCUCUCUUCUCCAAUUUCUCUUUUCCACAAUCUCUCUCCCUCUCUUCCCUAAUCUUUCUCUCCCUCUCUUCCUCAAUCUCUCUCUCUUCCCCAAUCUCUCUCACUCUCUCUUCGCCAAUCUCUCUCUUCCCCAUCUCUCUCUCCCUCUCUUCCCCAAUCUCUCUCUUCCCCAAUCUCUCUCUCCCUCUCUUACUCUCUCUCUCCCUCUCGUCCCCAAUCUCUCUCACUCUCUCUUCCCCAAUCUCUCUCUCUUCCCCAAUCUCUCUCUCUUCCCUAAUUCCCCUCUCUCUUCCCCAAUCUCUCUCCCUCUUUUCUCCAAUCUCUCUCUCUCUCUUCCCCAAUCUCUCUCCCUCUCUUCCCCAAUCUCUCUCACUCUCUCUUCCCUAAUCUCUCUCUCUCUUCCCCAAUCUCUCUCUCUUCCCCAAUUCCCCACUCUCUACCCCAAUCUCUCUCUCUCUCUCUCUCUCUCUCUAUUUAAUAACUGA